AUGGGUUGGCCUUACGUCGGUGAGACUUUCCAGCUCUAUUCUCAAGACCCUAACGUCUUCUUCGCAUCCAAACAGAAACGGUAUGGUUCGGUGUUCAAGACACAUGUACUAGGAUGUCCUUGUGUAAUGAUCUCGAGUCCUGACGCUGCGAAAUUCGUGCUGGUGACUAAGUCUCAUCUCUUUAAACCGACUUUUCCUGCGAGUAAAGAGAGGAUGUUAGGGAAACAAGCCAUCUUCUUCCACCAAGGUGAGUAUCACGCUAAGCUUAGGAAGCUCGUUCUUCGUGCCUUCAUGCCGGAAUCUAUCAGAGACAUGGUUCCAGAUAUCGAAUCAAUCGCUCAAGAUUCUCUACGUAAUUGGGAUGGAACAAUGAUCAACACUUAUCAAGAAAUGAAAACAUACACAUUCAACGUUGCGUUACUUUCAAUCUUCGGAAAAGACGAGGUUCUAUACAGAGAAGAUCUAAAAAGAUGCUACUACAUUCUCGAGAAAGGUUACAACUCGAUGCCUAUAAACCUCCCUGGAACACUCUUCCACAAAGCCAUGAAGGCUCGCAAGGAGCUCUCGCAGAUCCUAGCAAGAAUCUUAUCAGAGAGAAGAGAGGAAAGAUCCUCACACAACGAUCUUCUCGGAUCAUUUAUGGGAGACAAAGAAGAGCUUACGGAUGAACAGAUCGCUGAUAACAUAAUCGGAGUAAUCUUCGCGGCUAGAGACACAACGGCGAGUGUGAUGACGUGGAUACUCAAGUACUUAGCUGAGAAUCCCAACGUUCUCGAAGCUGUUACUGAAGAGCAAAUGGCAAUAAGGAAAAGUAAAGAAGAAGGUGAGUCUCUAGCUUGGGGGGAUACAAAGAAGAUGCCAAUAACUUCAAGAGUCAUUCAAGAAACGUUAAGAGUUGCUUCAAUCUUAUCUUUCACAUUCAGAGAAGCUGUAGAAGAUGUUGAAUACGAAGGAUAUUUGAUACCUAAAGGAUGGAAAGUGUUGCCGCUUUUCAGAAACAUUCAUCAUAGUGCUGAUAUUUUUGCGAAUCCAGGGAAGUUUGACCCAUCAAGAUUUGAGGUGGCUCCAAAACCCAAUACUUUCAUGCCAUUUGGCAAUGGAACACACUCGUGUCCUGGAAAUGAAUUAGCCAAGCUUGAAAUGUCUAUCAUGAUUCAUCAUCUGACCACCAAGUACAGAUGGUCAAUAGUUGGAGCUAGCGACGGGAUUCAGUAUGGGCCAUUUGCGCUUCCCCAAAACGGACUCCCCAUUAUACUUGCUCGGAAGUCAGAGAUUGAUAUGUAG